AUGGACAACCUGCGUGAGACCUUCCUCAGCCUCGAAGAUGGCUUGGACUCCUCCGACAGCCCUGGCCUGCUGUCGUCCUGGGACUGGAAAGACAGGGCAGGGCCCUUUGAGCUGACCCAGGCCUCUCCCACCCAGAGCCUCUCUCCGGCCCCAUCGCUGGAGUCCUAUUCUUCUCCUUGUCUGGCUGUGGCUGGGCUGCCCUGUGGGCAUGGAGGUGCCAACAGUGGGGGCGGCGAUGACUGCGGCGGCCUUGGGACUGGCGGCCUGGUGGAGGUGGGCUAUGAUAUGUUAGCUUUCCAGCCUGCCUAUCUGCAGGGCGCUGGUGGCCCCAAACCCCAGAAGGGCACCAAAGUCAGGAUGUCCGUUCAGCGGAGACGGAAGGCCAGCGAGAGGGAGAAGCUCCGGAUGAGGACCUUGGCCGAUGCCCUGCACACCCUCCGGAAUUACCUGCCACCCGUCUACAGCCAAAGGGGCCAGCCGCUCACCAAGAUCCAGACGCUAAAGUACACCAUCAAGUACAUCGGAGAACUCACAGACCUCCUCAACAGCGGGCCCCAGAGCACCUGA